UGUUUACUGGAAAUUACACAAGAAGUAUAUUUGUUGCCGAUCCGUCAAUUAGUCACUACUUGAACGUCGACAACAACAUGGUGUCCACAUUUGUCUAUUCUCUAAUUUUUUUUGCAUCUAUUGAAGCUCUCCUGGCCCAUUCAUCAAUAGAUUACUAUUGGCGAGACUACAAUGGAAAAAUCCCCGAAGAUGCCGUACUUGGUGGUCGCGAUAAGUACAAUAAAGACAUCUACAUAGGCCAAGCUUAUGUCCAAAAUGAAGGUCUAGUUGUGGUGCAGAUAGACAAAGGCCAAAGCACCGUGUACGCAGAAAUGGAAGGGAUUAAACGUUUAGAUAAAAACAUUAAAAUCUUGUGUGGUCCUCCUCACAGUUUCUACUGGAUGCCUUCCAACCUGACUAAGCUUCAUACAGAUUUAAAAAAGAAACAGUUAGUGGUUGGUGGGCACGAAGACGGAGCGAAGAGAUAUUUCGUGGGGAGAAUUCAAUGCCCCGAUGGAGUUUGCAUUGGGAAAGUUCUGGAAAAGGGCUAUAGAGACAGAUCCGUCUUCUACGGGGUGGAUAGAAGUGGACAUCAGCUAAAGGGCGAUUCGUACGAAGUACUUGUAAAUGAGUUUGUUAUACACGAAAGAGGUUACUUUAAUUUUGAUGAAAAUGUGUUAUAAUAAAGUCACGACUGAGAAAAUC